AGUAAGCAUGGCGGCCGGCCGCUCCAGCAUGGGGAGAGAGAGUCACGUGGGCCAGGCGCCGGCCUGACGUCAUCGUUGUGUUGAUUUGCUAACCUUAAAGGAGAGAGGAGUUAGUGAGCAUGAGAGCGGGCACUGCGAACUGUUUGGAUUAGGCUGCUGCUUUAAACAGCGCAUCUCUACUCACAUACAUGCCUGCAGAGAGAGCUAGCAAAGGAAGAAGCCCAUCUGAGGUCAGCUGGUUCCCAGGAUUGGCCCAUCAUAAGAAGAAACAAUCAGCCUAAUGACUAGACUUCAGGUGCAUAAUGGAUUUUACUAAUAUGGGUAUGAUACAGUUGCAGAACCCCAACCACCCUACAGGUCUUCUGCUGAAAGCCAACCAGAUGAGGCUGGCAGGGACCCUGUGUGAUGUGGUGAUAAUGGUGGACACUCAAGAAUUUCAUGCUCAUAGGACAGUAUUGGCUUGUACAAGCAAGAUGUUUGAGAUCCUCUUUCACCGAAGCAGUCAACAGUACACAUUAGACUUUUUGUCACCAAAGACUUUUCAGCAAAUUUUAGAAUAUGCUUACACCGCUACACUGCAGGCUAAAGUAGAAGAUUUAGAUGACCUCCUGUAUGCUGCAGAAAUCUUAGAAAUAGAGUAUUUGGAGGAGCAGUGCUUAAAGAUCUUAGAAACCAUUCAAGCUUCUGAAGAGAAUGAUGGUGAACUCUGCACAGGAGAGAGGGCUGCGGAAGAAGAGGAUGAAAGAAAAGCAAGGUUUAUCAAAAACAUGUUAAACACAAAGCAUUCCAGUGAAGAAAGUAGUUAUACUAGCAUGAGAAACCAGAACCUAGUGGAUCAGAGUCCAUCAGUGUCCACAUCUUAUGGACUUUCGGGCAUGAGCCCAACCAAGACUGCUGUAGAUAGUUUAAUGACCAUUGGCCAGUCUUUACUUCAAGGAGCACUGCAACAAAAUGCACUAGAUUUGCACUCCACAAAUAGGCUUCAGAGCCUCUCAGAGAUGAAAACAGAAGUCAUGCAAGUUGAAGAGGCCUCCAACCAAGAAAGCCCAACAGCAGAGUCCAGUGCCUCUGGUGGGGAUAAAUCUGACGACAAGAGCAAGGACAGUCCAGGAACUCCAACCCGCAGUAGUGUAAUCACAAGUGCACGAGACCUCAGUUUUAGCCGUGAUGAGAAUACACCCGAUCAGUCUGUGGAGUUGGGUCAAGGUUUUCAUAUUGGUCAAGAGCUUGCAGUAUCCCAAGCAGAGAAACAUCUCAGUGUCUAUUCUGUACUCCCUAACCACAAAGGUGAACCAAUGAUCAGUGUGCCAACUUCAAUGACAACUGCUCUUCAUAUGCAGCCAACUCUGGCUGUUUCCAUGGACUUUAGUGCAUAUGGAGGACUUCUCCCACAAGGUUUUAUCCAGAGAGAGUUGUUCAACAAGCUUGGAGAACUUGCAGCUGGUAUGAAGAAUGAAGGCAACAACCUUAGUGAGCGUUGUAGUGUAUGUGGAGCAAAUCUUCCUGAUAAUGACUCAGUGGAACAUCACAGGAAACUGCACAGUGGUAUGAAGACCUAUGGGUGUGAGCUCUGUGGGAAGAGAUUCCUGGAUAGUCUGAGACUGCGAAUGCACUUGUUGGCUCAUUCAGCAGCUGGGGCAAAGGCAUUUGUGUGUGAGCAGUGCGGAGCACAGUUCUCUAAAGAAGAUGCUUAUGAGGCUCACCGGAGGACACAUACAGGCUCAGACAUGGCUGUGUUCUGUCUACUUUGUGGAAAGCGCUUUCAGACUCAGACUGCCCUGCAGCAGCACAUGGAGGUCCAUGCAGGAGUGAGAAGCUAUAUCUGCAGUGAGUGCAACAGGACUUUCCCCAGCCACACUGCACUCAAACGCCACCUACGCUCACACACAGGUGAUCACCCUUAUGAGUGUGAGUUCUGUGGCAGCUGCUUUCGGGAUGAGAGCACAUUAAAGGGACACAAGCGCAUCCACACAGGAGAGAAGCCUUAUGAGUGUAAUGGCUGCGGGAAGAAAUUCAGCCUCAAACACCAAUUAGAAACGCACUACAGGGUUCACACAGGUGAGAAGCCCUUUGAGUGCAAACUGUGCCACCAGCGUUCCCGAGACUACUCGGCCAUGAUAAAACAUCUCCGAACCCACAAUGGGGCGUCCCCUUAUCAGUGUACCAUCUGCCUGGAGUACUGCCCAAGCUUGUCUGCCAUGCAGAAACACAUGAAAAGCCACAAGCCUGAGGACAUACCUGCUGACUGGAGAAUUGAGAAAACCUACCUAUACUUAUGUUAUGUGUAAAAGGACAAGCCAAGAUUGUGUUGGGGGUGAGGUUGAAGGUGUUUGAAACACUGAGCAAUAUAAAGAGUUUGAAAAAACCCAUUGAAGGGCAAAAAAAUCAAACACAUCCACAAUUUUCAGCCUUUGUUUGGAAUACCAGAAGCUACUGUUGUUUAGAGGAACAAUAUUUCUCUCAUUUAUCUUGAUAGACUAUUUUGAUUGCCUGAUUCCGUCUCAGUAGAUAGAGAUGAUACACGGCAGCCGGUUUCCUGAGAGGAUUCGGUGAUAUUGCUCUCGAAAUUCACAUUGUUAUCUAAAUGUGCUCCUCACCCCAUGGAUGCCAAUGGUUUUCAAUUUCUUCAGCAUUUGAGUGUCAAAAGUUAGUGGCCAACUUUAUUAAAAGUAGGAGAAACACUGGUGCUUCAAAUAAUAAAGUGCAUAUUUUGGCAGACUGUUUCCAAGAUGGCUAUGGCCCCAUAUCUUGAAAAGCUUGUGUAAGAACCAAGAAGGUUUAAAUUAAAGCAAAUACUUAUACUAUCUGAAUGAUAAUUCCAGCACAGUAUUGAGUUUAACUAAGUUUACACUUCAUCUCCACAGAAAGGACACUGAAAAGAAGGUCUUCUGACCCAAAUGAAUAUUUACCACAUUAGGCCAUAAUCAUUAGUUGUACGAUACAUAAAUUUUAUAUUUGUACAUUGAUUCAAUAAUUUCCCUAUUUUUGUAGCACUGAAGGAGGUUUGUAACCUCGCAAAAUGAAAUUUGCUUUCAAUAUCCUUUAUAUCCACUGAUAAUCAUUUAUAGUUUUGUUUGUACAUAAAGGCUCUAUGUGUAUGUAUAUGGUUAUCUUUCAUCUCUGCCCCAAAUUUUCCUCUCUCUGGAUCAAAGUUUUCCGGAGAGUAACAUGCUGCCUGCCACUUCUGCUUAAGUGAUUUCUAUGUUGAACACAUUUUUGUUCUAUUUGAAGAUGUCUUCUUCGCUUAUGGAUAAGAAGGCUGCACCUGCUAAAGCAAGCCUGGAGAUCAGUCCGAGACACUUGGCACUAUAGAUAAUGACAGCUGAUGUAGACCUAGUUAGGGUACAAAUGGAGACAGUAGGCCUGAUUUAGGCCAGAGUAGGAUGUGUAUAGUUAGGCCACGCUCCCUGUGGCAUGCUGUAUUUAUCUAGGCCUUAUCAGUGUGAGGCCUAGCAAGUCUGUGGUUGAUGGUAUUUUUGUGUAUUCUGUACACAUUGGACUCAGAUCUUCCCAUAUUUGAGUCCCUUCAUGGAUGUGUUUGGUUCGUUUGCUUGUCACCCAUCCGCACAAACCAAUCCCUCUUGUGACCGCAUCAUAAUAUAUUCACAGAGGCCUAGAAUACAAUAGGGGGCUGCUUCUUCGUAUUAUUUCAUGUGUUCAUAUUUUGUUACUAUGUUUAGCACAUUGUACUUGAAUUAAUUUUUUAUGACCUCAUAAGCAUAUUUUUGCCGCUGCCUAAUAAAUGGCAUUUUUUUCUGUUUUUUUCUGACACAUUGGAGGAAAGGAAUGUGCCAAAUGAAAAUGAGCAAGAUUAGACAUUAUUGUGUCAUGUUUAAUAAUCUUUUUUUUUUUUUUUUUCCUGUACCAAAUGUGGUAUUUUUGUUUUGGGUUGACAUGGCUCAUGUGCAUUAUUGCUAGAGCUGUUUUUUUUUUGUUUUUUUUCUAUCAAUGUUCAUAAAAGCUACCUCUAAACCCGUUUACUACCAGAGGGGCAUACACCAUAUUGCAAAGCAAUAUAUCAUAGGCUCCUCUGGCAGUGUAAGGGUUACUUAUGAUGUUUUCAGUUGUAAAAGCACGGUUUCGUGUUAAUCUUACGUUAUGCUUAAUAUUUUCAUCUCAUAUUUUACAUGCAAUUUUGUUGUGGUGUUUAUUUUUUUUCUUGUAAGUAAGCUGCAUUUAUAGCAAAAUAUAACAGGUCUAGGGGAUAAUUUUGUAGAUAACCUUGAAGGGGAAGCUAGAGCUGCAAACCAUGCAUAUAACGAAUGGAUCUGCUUUGCAGGCCUUUCUGCUGUUUAACUGGUUAAGAGACUGUUUGCUUCUGCCAUUUUAAUCCCACACAGUGAUCCUGAUACGGAAACAAAACAGCUCCCCAAAUUAGAGAGUUUUUUUUAUGUAGGUCUGAGGGAAGGGUGGGAGGGCAAGUGAAGGAACUGUGAUUGAAACUUGAAUUUGUUAAUAGAAAGUAUAGGGUUUUUGUUUUAUUCAUAAUGUGAAGGUGAUAAAAGUAUUAAAUCUUUCGGUAGAAAAAAUGUUUAUUUUUUUUGUGUUCCACAGUCCACCCCAAUGCAGUUUUUUGCAUUAACAAAGCUGGCUAACAAGUUUGCAAUGAAACAAAGCAAGUUCUUUUUAUGUUUCUGGUUGGGCAAUAUCAAACGCACUAGGUUUAGGAAUAGAAGAAUGUAAAUUGGUAUUUCCAGAAAAACCUAAGUUUUUUUUCUCCCCAUUCCCAGCCCAGCCUUCUCACUCUUGAUUACUUGGACAUUGGAAUGGGUAGACAAUAUAUUGGAAAUGAAUGAAACAAGAUUUUUGCAAAAGUUGUGAUAUUUUUGUAAUAUUUGUUAGUCUUUUUUGUCAGUUUGGGCCUAAAUAAUUUUUUCUUUUGUAAUGUGAACAGGACUGUGUGUAUGUGUGUCUGUGUGUAAGGUCGGGUGUGUGCUUCACACGUAUGGUCCAGCUGUACCUUGCGUGUUCAAGUUUAACAAAACUCAUACAGUAUUGUGCUUAAUCGGAAGAGUUGCUUCUGCCUGGCAUUGGAAUAAGAAAAUUGUUAAUGGUUUGGGGGGAAAGUCCUGAUUAUGACAUAAUCCAAAUUUAUGUCCUCUAAUUCUUAUCCAUAUCCAAACUGAGUAGUUUUAAAAGUAUUCUAAACUGCCUCAAAAGUUUCAUUAAAAUGUUCUGUUUAUAAUAGAAAAAUUAGAUGUGCCAUCACAAUUGGGAUCAUUCCCCCCCACACCCAAAACAAAAUGGAUUACUCUGCAGAGAACACCAUAAAACUUGCCAAUCCCUCAAACCAUAAUUCAAUAUCUCUCAUUCUUGUGCCAUACCCACUGUACGUUGUCAGAGAAAAGGCUUGUUAAAUCUCUGUGCCUGAAUAUUUUUUGUUUUGUUUGUUUUUGUAUUGAAAUCAACAAAAAUAAAAAAAAAUAAACAAUGCAGGAAAACUGCAUCCAGCUACAAAACGUAUGUAUAAAUUUCUGCAGUUUCUCACGCAAUUGUUCCGACUGUAACUGAGCAGCGUGCUUUGGAUGUAGCACCAGGGAUGGACAAUACUGCAAGUAAUUCAGUCACUUUACUUCCUUUAACAUCCCUUAUUACACUGAACCAAAAGUUAUUAGAGAUCGGCUGCCCUUUAAUUGGCAAAUGAUAAGGUAUGUAUGCACUUAUAAGCUCUACAUUUGUUUGUUUAGUUUGAAUAGAGCUGAAAGUGCAAAUUGAUAUUAGGUUAUGAAAUUGGAAACAAUUAUUGGACCAAUUUAUUUACUUUAUAAAUCUGAUAUAUAAAAAAUGUCUGCUUAUAAUUAACAGGCUGAUUGUCAGUUUAUUUUGUUGGUUGAACCACAAUUCCUUUUGGCUCAAUGCUAAAUAAGCGAAGCCAGUGGAUGGGAGCUGUGCUUAUCUUACGUUCGUGGCCUUCAGUUCUUUAUGCUGCAGCCCUUCUAUCCCAUUGCUUAAAUGUUUCCCAGAUUCCCUGCCAAUUCUCAGUGCCUGAAUGUUGUCAUUGUUAGAAAACCCCAUUUUUUAUCAAGUUUCAACAUCUAAUUGGAGACUGUUAAUGUUAUUUGAUGUCACAUCAAGAAGGCAAGACUAGUGUUAGAGCUACCUACAGGUAUAUGGGACACAAGAUAUUUUCAACGUGUUUUGCCUUUAAACUUGGAUUCCUUUUAAAUUUCUUAUUUUGAAUGAAAAAUGAAGCCCUGGUUCCAUAUUACUUUUACUGGUUCUACAGAUUUCCUACCAAAUUUGGGACGAUGACAGAAUGUUCAUUACUGAUAACUGGCCAUCACUGGACUGCAAUCCAAAGCAGUCAGUCUGCUCCAUAGUCUUAGUUGUACUUCUCAUGUAGUGUUAUGCAUGUGCUCUGAAAGAGACCCGGUUAAACAUCAUAAUCUGUCUUUAUAUAAGUGUAUACAUAUUGUAGCAUUGCGGACCAACUGCCCCAAGGGACCUAGCAAAUAAUCACUUACUUUACAGUUUAUUUCCCCUGUCUCUUUUGUAAUUUAUUUUUCUCUGUUUUUGUUUUGUUUUGGAUUUAUUUUUCUGUUCUCCCCAGUUUAUUCUGCUAGCCUUCAUGUCGUAACAGCACAAGUGCCAGUCGCAGGCGCUGUCAUAAAACGAAGAAAUGAAUAAUAAAGAAUAUAGUGUUUAAUGAAUGGAUGUUAACCCCUUUUCUGCUGGAGUUUGCAGCAAUUGCUUUGAUGAAUCCUCCAGCACUAUAGUGGUUACUUUUUAAGUCUACCUCAGCACCCACUGACUAUGUUAAAAGGGGUGCCCACUGGUUUUGUUGCCUAAUUUUCUUUUUAUAUUAUUUUUCAUUAUGGUCUUUCUGUUACAUUCUUUUUAGAUUUUUUGUUUCUUAAUUAAAGCAGCGGCUCAUGUGAGCGAAUGUUUAUAAGUGCUGUCCUUAUUCUGUGAUGCAAAUUGCAUUGUUCUUGCGCACUAUUUACUAUGUGAUCUGUCAGCUCCUAAAUUAGCAGUUUCCAAGUCCAGUUCCCAAAACAUUAUUCUGAGGAUAAUCUUCAGAUGGCUUCAUCCUAUCUUAAUUUGGAUGACCAUUCUCACAUAGUUCCUUUCAUAAACCCAGUUUGGUGACACAAGGCCAAAGCUGACAAUUUAACCUGUAGUGAUAAUGAUGUAGCUUUUCUAGAUCCAAACUUCUAUACCCAGGAUUCUCAGAAGCGUUUUGAAGAUGGUUAAAGGGACAAGUUUAUUCCUUAGUGGGCUGCUGGUUUGUUUGACUUUUUGGGGUCAGAAAGUAGAAUGUGGCUUUAGUUUUAUUUUCAAAAAUUGCCCUGUUUACAGCAAGAAAUUAGAUUAAAAAGAUGCCAAAAAUGAUAGUCAGCAGAAGCCCUAUUAAUUACCUAAUAACUAAUGACCCAGUGUUGGAAAAGGGAGUAUGGUGUCCCUUUACAUUAUUCAUUUAGUUGUGAAGAAAAAUUCUUGAAGAGCAAAUUUUCAACCUAUAGAACUGCAAAAUAUUUCUAUUUUUUUACGAAAACAUUAAUUAAAAAGUAAAUGAAUAGGUGAGGAGAGCCAGUGCUUUAAUGCAAUGAUAUGAUUCAGGUUAGACAAAAGCAAACGCAGUUAAUAGAGACAUAUCUAAAUAGCAAUUGCAUGUCUGGAAACUUCCUUAGUUGUUUCUAGUUUAAGAAAAUCAUUGAGAAAUAUAUUAUCCCCUCCUUAAUUCUGAUAUUUACCUUAAUGAGCACCGCUGCUUUAUCUUCUGUUUUGUUACCCUAUGUGCAAGAGCGCUUCCUUUUGAAAUUUUUAUUUUGUCCUAAAAGAAACAAGAAGCAGUAAUCUCAAGAGGGCAAAGCUACAUUUCUGUCCUUCUCUCCUUUCUGUGCCACCCUCUCCAUUCUGUGUAGAAAUGCAUUUCUUUGUGACUACAGUGUUUCCCAUUCUCAAUAUUUCUUGUGGUUUUUUUUUUUUUUGCUUGUUUUAUUAUCUUUCCCUUUGCCAGAGAAAAAAAAUUUGAAUAAAAUGCUGCAGGAUUUUUUUUCUCUCUACAUUGUCACUAAGUGAAGUUUGUGCCUUGUAUAGCAAAGAAAAUAUUUUUUACAUCCUACUAACAGUAAAAUAAAUUUUUUUGUAGUGGACAUUUUUUGUAUUUUUAUUUAUAAGUCUCAUAAGGAAAAAAUAAAAUUAAAAAUAGCAAUGUUCGGUUGUAUACUUUAAAUCUGCAGUUAGAAUAAAGUUAAUUCCAUUGUC